AUGUCACCAUUAAGUGAUAAAACGUUUGUACUUGAGCUUGGUCGAGACAUUCGUUUCAAGACUAAACAAAAACUUAUCAAUUAUUUGCGCGAACAAAAUGCUCAUAUUUCAUAUAUUUUAACAGCUAGUACUGAUUAUGUUUUGGUUUCCAAUGAUAUUGAUACAUAUAAAACUCGUCGAGCUAAACAGCUCGGUAUACCAUUAGUAAAUGUUGAAUAUAUUUAUGAAUAUCGCAAAUUGUCUAACGAAACUCAAUCUAUUGAUAUUAAAAGAUUUAUUGUCACAUCAGCAGAAGAUAAAGAAAAUUUUUCAAAAAGUGGAACCAUACCUGUGUCAGGUGGAGGAAAUCCUUCAAGUAGUACAAUAAAAUCUGUUAAAUUAGAUUUAUCAAAAAUUAAAAUUUGGAAUUCUGAUGAUGUUGAAUUACCACGAUUUGAUGAAUUAACACAUGCUGAAAUUGGUAAAUGGGCAAUUUUUAAGGAAACAAAUGAAAAUUCUGAUGUUUAUUUUGCUAUUGAACUUCAAAUUAUUCCCGAAGAAUAUUAUAAUCAAACAAACGAUGAUUAUCGAUUAAGAUUUCGUUAUGAAAAACAAACAAUAACAAAUUCAAAAGGUAAAAUAUCUCUAAUACAAUAUGCAUUUAGUAAUGAUAUUAAUGAAUUACAUCAACUAUACGCUUCAUAUUAUAAUCGUAUUAUAACAAUGCCACGAAUAACACGAAUUCGUGAUUUAGUACCUGAUAAAUUAGGUUCUAAAUUAUUAUUACGUUCAUUAUUUCUUCAUCGAAUUGAUACACAAAUGCUUGAUGAUAAUGUUUGUCAAUUAGUUGAAUCUCUUUGGAUUGAAUCCAUUGGUGAUUUAAAUAAAAUACUUGCUGUACAACCAGAAACAAUUGCCCUUAAAACAAUUAUUGAAGCAGAAGCUGCUUUACUUGAAAUCAAAUCUGAUAGUAAAGCGUCAUCAGAAGCAGAAACUCGUUUCUAUUCACUUAUUCCUCAUCAAAAACCAUUUGUUGGCGAUCUUAUUAAUAAUCGUCGUGCAUUAAUUGAUAAACUAGAUUUAUGCCAAAUGUUACGCGAUAUGGUUACUGUAAAUGAAUUAACAAAUUGGAAUAUAAAAGCAUCAAUCGAAGCAAAAUAUCGAGCAUUAAAAUGUCAUAUAGAAACUGUCAAACAUGAUACACAUGAAUAUGCAACAAUAAAUAGUAUAAUUUCUUCAUCAACGAAUGCGAAUGAACAAGUAAUCAUUCAUCAAAUAUAUAGUGUAGCUAAACAAACAGAUGCAUUGAAUUUUCGUUCAACACUUUUUAAUCAAAAACAACUUUUUCAUGGAUCAAAAUAUAAUAAUUUUCUUGGUAUUUUAUCACGUGGUCUUCUUAUGCCAAAAGUAGUUGUUAAUGAUUUAGGAGUUACACGAACUGAUAUUGGAUGUUUGGGAUAUGGACUUUAUUUUUCUGAUUCAGUUUCAACAUCAUUAAAAUAUACAACACCAAGUAUAACACGUCCUGGACGACGAUUAUUAUGUAUAUCUCAAGUAGCAUUAGGAGAUUCAGCAAAAUUCUAUUCAUAUGCAUCAAAUUUAACUCAACCACCUGAAAAUUUUCAUAGUACACAUGGAGUCAAAAAAAAUGAUGAAAAUAAUUCAAAGUUUCUUGAUAAUGAAUAUGCUAUUUAUAAUCUUGAUCAACAACGAUUACUCUAUAUUGUUGAACUUUCAUGGAAACCAUAUGAUAAUAUGGAUCAGUCAACAAAAUUAUUACCUAUUAUUCGUGAUUAUUUAACAAAUCAAUCAAAAUUAUUGUCAGAUAAAAUGGAUAUUCCUUCAACAAUCGAAGAUGAAGUAAUUCAAGUAGCAGAACAAGACUAUGGUUUAAUUUGUCCAUUGUCAGGUGAACUUGUUCCACUUAAAGCUUUUCAUAUUCGUGCUCAACUUGUUGAUAUUACUGCUGAAGUUGUUCUUUAUCAAGUUUAUCAUAAUUCAAGUUCAGUACCAAUUGAAGCAAAAUAUGUAUUUCCUCUUGAUGAAAAUUCUUCUGUUUGUGGGUUUGAAGCUCAUAUUAAUAAUAAAAUAAUUAAAGGUGUUGUUAAAGAAAAAGAACAAGCUAAACGUGAAUAUCGUGAAGCUAUUGAAAAAGGUCAUGGUGCAUAUUUAAUGCAUCAAGAACAGCCUGAAGUCUUUAGUGUAUCUGUUGGUAAUUUACCAGCUAAUUGUGAAGUGAUUAUUAAAAUUACAUAUGUUGCUGAAUUAUCUAUUGAAAAUAAUGAUAUUAUAUUUCGUUUACCAGCUAAAGUAGCUUCAUGGCAAUCAAAACAAGCUUUAGAAAUGAAAGAUCAAACAAUACUUCCAUCAAUUAAUCUUGAACAGGAUAAUUCUUCAAUGAAAUCAGUAGAAUUUAGUCUUAAAGCAUCAAUACGUAUGCCAUAUGAAAUAAUAAAAUUAUUUUCACCAACACAUCGACUUCGUCGCAAAAUAACUGACUGUCUUGCUAUGCUUGAAUUUGUUGAUAAUAUUUUACUUGAAAAAGAUUUUAUUCUUUCAAUUACAUUAAAAAGUGUUAAUUUACCACGCAUGCUAAAUGAAACAUAUGUGUCAUCAGAUACAAAUACUAAUAAUCAAUCGAUUGAUGAAAAUUCUCAAGCAUGUAUGUUAACAUUUUAUCCAAAAUUUGAAAUGAUGAUUAAUUCAAAUGAAUAUGUGGAAAUUGUUUUUAUUAUUGAUGUAUCAAAUUCUAUGGAUGGAAAGCAUGUACAACAAGCAAAACAAUUAGCACACUUAUUUUUGACGAACAUGAAAACUGAUGAUAAAAAUAUUGUUUUUAAUAUUGUUACCUUCGGAUCAGAUAAUGAUGAAUGUUUUCCUAUUGCAUCACAAAAUACAAAAGAAAAUAUUGAUAAAGCUAAGCAUUUUGUUUUGCAUUCACUUGAUCAUCGUGGUAAUACUGAUUUAUUUUCUGUACUUCGUCAAUAUGCUCUUUUGCCAUCAUCAUCUAAGCUUGGUCGUCAAUUUAUUCUUCUUUCUGAUGGACAUAUCAAUGAUCUUCAAUCUAUUUUAACAUUAUUAGAAAAUCAAUCAUCAAUGCGUCAUGAUCGUUUAUUUACAUGUUCAAUUGGUGAUACAUCUAAUAAACAUAAUUUAAGACAAUUAGCUAAUAGAAUAAAUGGUGGUGGUUUAAUAACUGUAUUUGAUUCAAAUUUUCGUUCAAGAUGGAGAACAAAAGUACUUCAAAUACUUGAACAUAUUCAACAACCAUGUGUAACAAAUGUAUCCAUUGAUUGGCAUGGAACAAUUGAUGAUCAACAAGAAAAAUUUACUAGUCAAGCACCAAAAAUAAUUCGAUCAUUAUUUAAUGGUAUGCGUUUAACUGUAUAUCGUUUUAUACAAAAUUGUCAUAAAGCAACAUUAACAGCAACAAUAAAUAAUCAAGAAUAUGUUACAACGGUAUUUAGUAAUAAAAUAACUGAAACAAGAGGACGUGUUUUACAUUGUUUAACAGCUCGUGCUAUUAUUCAAGAUUAUGAAAAUGGUUUAUUACAUAAUGAUGAAUGUGAAAAUGAACUUAUUAAAAAGCAAUAUAAACAAGAUUUAAUUGAACUUAGUAUGAAAUACUCUGUUGUAAGUUCAUUUACAAGUUUUGUAGCUAUUGAAGAACGCGAUGGACAAGCACUUGAGCCAGGUGUUCGAUUACUUGAUGUUAUGCUUGAAAAUGAUAUUGAUUUACUUCCAUAUAUUGGCUGGGAUGGUGAUCAAUCACUAAGUGAUAUAAUUAAAGAUAAAUUAAUUAAUGGAAAACGUUUAUUUGAUAGUGCUUCAAUAUCAAAUAAAAUUGAUUUAGUAAAUGAAUAUGAAAAUCUUUGUCAAAAUAUAUCAUAUCGUUUCGGUGGUGAAGCAAAAUAUGAUUUAAUGUUAACAAUUAUUGACACAUAUCGAACGAUACUUAAACAAAAAGAAAAAGCCCGAGAAUUAGAAGAAAAUAUGCAGAAAGAUUUAAUUAAUGAAAUAAAAAAUGCAACAACGAAUGAAAGAAAAAUAUUAGAAAAACGAUUAGAUGAAAUUGAUAUACGUAUUAACACUGAAGUAUUAGAAGAUAUCGAACAUCAAAGUACAACUUCUCAACAAGAGGAAAAGAAUAACCAAGAUCUACUGACUGUUGCCAAUGAUAUCGGUUACAGUGGCGGAGAAGAUGUGCUUUUCAAUGACCUAUUUGUAAGUUAA